AUGGCUCCUCACAUUGAUGUGAUACCCGCUCCUGAUGAUGAUAUUAGGCCCAUGGAGGGUACUGUUAUGGCCACGCUAGAUCAGGAACUUAUUGGGAGAUUCAGGAAGUUAGAGCCGCCGAGGUUUUUUGGUACUUCUUCUGAGGAUGCUUAUGAGUUCAUUCUAGAUAUGCACGAGUUGCUACACCGGAUGGGGAUCGUGGAGACCUACGAGACCAGUAGACAGGGCGGGUCUUCAGCUUCAGUGUAUCAGCCUUCGUCUCCUUUUACCUAUUAUUUUUGUGGAGAGAUGGGGCAUGUUGCUAGGAGAUGUCCCCAACCCAGGAGGGAUUAUCAGCCGUCGAGGACUCCGACAUCAUCUGGUGGUCGAGGUGGUGUUUCUCAGAGGGGCGGUGCUCAGUCAGGCUACGGUGGUUCUCAUGGCUCUAGAGGUGGAUCCCAGUCAGCUAGGUGGUUCCCAGAGUGCGAGAGGGGGAUCUCAGACUGGGCAUGGUGGAGCCCAUUUUACAAAGAUGUGCACGGCGAUAUAGAUAGGUGCAGCUUUGCUUUCGUAACUGGGGAAAGGGCAUUCAAACUCACCCCUGAUAUUUACACAAAGCUAAAAAAGGAGGAGGUGAUUCCAUCUGUACUUGAGUGGUUCAUUGGAAAUAUAUCAUGUGAAGAGGCUAAAAAAAACUUGAGUUAUGCUUGCAAAAGCGUUAAUUCUCACUGUUAUGAGUCCUUUACUGGUUCUGGCCUUUUGUCCGGAUAUCGUUGUUCUUGCGAUGAAGGGUUCAAUGGCAAUCCAUACAUAAAAGGGGGUUGCAAAGAUAUAGAUGAAUGUCAAACUCCUGAUCAUCACCACUGUAAGGAAAACAGUGUAUGUAAUAACACAUAUGGAAAUUACACGUGUACUUGCCUUGAUGGAUUCCACGGUGACGGCAGAGAAGGUUGCACUCCAAAUCCAGUACAUGAUCGAAUUGGAAAUGAAGUGAACAAGCUUUUGGCAGGUGGUGCUAUUGGUACUACGAUUCUGCUAGUGACUGGUGGUUGGUUAUACUUUGCAUUAAUCCAGAGAAGAAAAAUGGCCAUGAAAAAGAUAAAGUUCUUUAAAGAAAAUGGUGGAGUAAUGUUACUAGAGCAACUCGUUCGACAAGGAAAAUCUACUACAGCUGUGAGGAUUUUCACAAGCGAGGAACUAAAAGAAGCAACUAACAACUAUGAUGAAAGCAGAAUUGUAGGUCAAGGAGGUUUUGGCAUAGUAUAUAAAGGUUAUUUGCCAAACAACGAUAUUGUCGACAUAGCCAUCAAGAAGUCUAAAAAAAUUGACGGGACACAAACUGAGGAAUUUGUUAAUGAAGUGAUUGUUCUUUCGCAAAUAAAUCACAGGAAUGCAGUUAAACUCUUGGGUUGUUGCUUCGAGACAGAAGUCCCGUUUCUCGUUUAUGAAUAUAUUGAUAAUGGGACUCUUUACGAUCAUUUACAUGAUAAGUUCAAGAUAUUGUCCCUACAGACCCGUUUGAGAAUAGCAACGGGUACCGCUGAGGUGCUCUCCUAUUUGCACUCCGCGGCUUCUACCUCAAUUAUCCAUCGCGAUGUUAAGUCCACCAACAUACUCCUUGACAGUACCUAUACCGCGAAAGUGUCUGAUUUCGGUGCAUCUCGGUUGGUUCCUCUUGAUGAAACUACUUUUUCUACUAUGGUGCGCGGGACAUUGGGAUACUUGGAUCCUGAGUACAUGCAAACGAGUCAACUAACUGACAGAAGUGAUGUUUAUAGUUUUGGAGUUGUUCUCGCGGAGCUUCUCACGGGUGAGAAGGCAAUAUCAUUCGAUAGAUCGGAGGAAGAGAGAAGUCUAGCGAAUCAUUUCCUCUUGUCCAUAGAGGGGAAUCAUUUGCUCGAUGUUCUCGAUUGCCACAUUUUGUCCGAUAGAAACACGGAACAUAUAGUUAGAGGAGUGGCUAUGCUCGCGAAAAGGUGCUUGAAUGUGAAAGGUAAGGAUAGACCUACCAUGAAGGAAGUGGCAACGGAGUUGCAAGGAUUACUUCAGAUAAUUUCGUCAAAUCAUGACUCGGAAGAGUACUGCUGCCAAGUUGCUGAUGAGAAGCUAACAAGCUAUAGAUUUAGCAAUGAUUUCAUCAUGCCUGAUGAUUGUGAUAGUGAAGAGCUAAAGAUGCUGCCAUCAAAAUAAGGCAGAAUACAUCAAUAACUCCCUUAAAUUUGUUAGUGAAUUUUCAUUUAAACAUUUGAACUAUGGUUUGUUUUAAUUGAGCACUAUUAGUAAUUUUCUAUUUAUGGACUCACAUAUUAAUAUAUUUUACAUAGAUAUGAUAUCA